AUGGAUAGAGAAGAUCAAAAGUCAUGUAUACAAUCUCCAUUGAUACAUAUCACAGUUGAAGAUAAGCUCAAAGUUGAUAGCAUACAACUAAACCAGAACAAGGCAAUAGAGAGAGCUGAACUCUGUGAAGAACUGAGGAAACAGUUAUGGCUAGCAGGGCCUUUAGUAUCUGUUUCUAUAUUAAAUUAUUCCCUACAAAUUAUAUCUGUAAUGUUUGUGGGGCAUCUUGGCCAAUUGCCACUCUCUGCUGCUUCAAUGGCUACCUCCUUUGCCUCUGUCACUGGUUUUAGCUUAUUGGUGGGAAUGGCAAGUGCUUUGGAUACCUUGUGUGGCCAAUCAUAUGGAGCAAAGCAGCACUAUAUGUUAGGCAUACACAUGCAGAGGGCUAUGCUUGUUCUCAUGAUUGUUAGCAUACACCUUGCAUUUAUUUGGGCAAACACAGGAUCUAUUCUGAUUGCCCUUGGCCAAGAUCAUGAAAUAUCUGCAGAAGCUGGACAGUAUGCUCGGCUUAUGAUUCCAAGCCUUUUUGCCUAUGGUCUUCUUCAGUGCCUCAACAGAUUUUUGCAAACUCAAAAUAUUCUAUUUCCAAUGGUGUUAAGUUCUGGAGUCACUACUUUACUGCAUAUUGCUAUAUGUUGGACCAUGGUAUUCAAAUCUGGACUGGGUUACAGAGGAGCUGCCAUAGCAAAUGCUAUAUCCUACUGGAUAAAUGUCUUCAUGCUGAUACUCUAUGUCAAGUUUUCUCCUUCGUGUUCAAAAACAUGGACUGGAUUUUCGAAAGAGGCAUUGCAUGGCAUCCCUUCUUUUCUUAGACUUGCAAUUCCUUCAGCUUUUAUGGUUUGCUUGGAAAUGUGGUCAUUUGAAAUGAUGGUUCUCCUCUCUGGCCUUCUUCCAAAUCCAAAAUUGGAAGCAUCAGUGCUUUCUAUCUGCCUGAAUACUUCGACAACUGUUUGGAUGAUCCCCUUUGGACUCAGUGGAGCUGUAAGCACUCGUGUCUCAAACGAGCUAGGAGCUGGUCACCCUCGAGCAGCACGCUUAGCUGUGUACUUUGUCUUUAUAAUGGCAGUUAUUGAGGGAACUUUGAUUGGAGCAGUGAUGAUACUACUGCGCAAUAUUUGGGGCUAUGCAUAUAGUAAUGAAGUGGAAGUGGUCCAAUAUGUAGCUAUCAUGUUGCCAAUUCUUGCGUUAUCCAUUUUUCUGGAUGCACUACAGUGUGUUCUUUCAGGCACAGCUAGAGGAUGUGGUUGGCAAAAGAUAGGGGCUUUCAUUAACCUAGGAUCAUACUAUUUAGUUGGGAUUCCAUCAGCUAUCUUCUUUUCUUUUGUCAUGCACAUCGGUGGGAAGGGCCUUUGGCUGGGAAUCAUAUGUGCACUAGUUGUUCAGGUGUCAUGCCUAUUUGUAAUUACAACACACACUGACUGGGAGCAAGAGGCAAAGAAGGCUAAAGAAAGAGUGUACAAUUCAAUGACAGCAGGGUUCAUAGUCUCAUGA